UUUUGUGACAUGAGUUCUGUCCGAUAACAAUUCAAGAAAUUAAUACUUUACCUGCUCUGGGUUUAAAUAAUUUGAUUCGCGUUCACAAUAAACUGAGAAUGGCACUCCAAUACACCGGUACGAUAUUGUCAACACUACGCCACCAAAUCAUCCAAAACACCACACAUGGAAUUCACACAACGGCCGCCUGUAAUAUAAUUCGCAAAUUAGCCCGACUCCGAGUGGUGGACAAUAGUGAGAUCGGUAAGCGGGCCAUGGCUGAAGGAAGACCUCCGCGUGUCAUUCAUGUGUACAACAAAAAGGCAAUCGGUUACGUUGGCGACAAGGUGCUGGUUGCCAUCAAGGGCGAGAAGAAGCGAGGCAUUUUGGUUGGUUUGAAGGCACUUCAAAAGACAAAGGUACCGAAAUUUGACACCAACAAUGUGGUUCUGAUUGAUGACGAUGGAACACCGCUCGGAACUAGGAUACACGUACCGAUACCGACAGUACUGCGAACAAUUCUUAAGGAGAAAACCCAAGCGAAAGGCGCUGACUACACAAAAUUGUUGGCGAUUUCAACGAGGUUUUUGUGAAACGAAGACGGGUUUAAUUGUUGUGAGAUUUAGCAUAAUAAACUGGUAAUUAGCAGUGUU